AUGGCCACGACCCAGCAAUAUGCUCCGCCACCAGGGCUGCCUCCAGGUAUGAUGGGAUCUCACUCGGACGACGACGAUGAGGGGAUUCGAGAUCCAGCUAUAGCGCAAGUUGUAAGCGACAUCAAAGACUACCAGAUAACGCACGGCAAUCUGCUCAAAAUCGUCCGCUUCGAAGAGCCGACUCGUGUACCAAGUACAGGCGUGAACAUAAGCUGCAAGCCAACACCUUUCCCUCGAGACAUGUAUGACCAUGCCAUGGCGCUUCAGCAGAGUAUGAAUGAGCUCUACAUCCAUGCACUCUCCGACACGAACUGGCUUUAUUCCGUACUGGCACCUCAGAUCGAAAGCGAACCCGAAGGUGUGAUGGUGAAGCUAUGGGGUGUCUACUUGAAAUGCCUGGAGGCCGGUCCGGUACAGGAAAUGACUUGUGGUAUCUUCAGAAGCGAUUAUAUGCUUCAAGAGGAGGCUCUCAGGGGCGAGGGUGUCGACGGUGAGGCUAAGGUGAGCUUGAAACAAGUGGAGAUGAACACGUUCUCGUGCGCCGGAAUCUGCCAUAGUCAGCACGCUGCGCGUAUGCAUCGUUAUUUCCAGGAAAGGAAAUCAGCCGAAGAGGCUCAAGAUACUGGACCAAGCAAUACCCUGCCAGCGAACAGUAACAUCUCAUCGAUUGUCUCCUGCUUGGCAAUGGUACAUCAAAGUUACCUUGAGCAGCUUCGUGUAGGGCCAACAGCUGCCACUGGAGCCCGCGACGAACCAAUCCAGCAUUCUACGUGCGUGCUCGUGGUAGUGCAACCUUUCAACUUCAAUAUCGCAGAUGAGAGACCGAUUGAUUACGGAUUGUGGGAAGAUCACAAGAUCCCAUGCUACCGUUGCGAAUGGCAGGAGGUGCUCUUACGUACUCGCUUGGGGCCACACCGCGAGCUACGGUACAGACCUAGUAGUACUGCUAAGGCAUUCGAAGUCAGCGUCGUAUACUACCGCGCCGGAUACGACCUACGUGAGUACAUGGACGACGCUGGUGUAGAGACUCGCUUUACGCUCGAAACGAGCAGAGCAAUCAAAUGUCCGGAUGUUCUUGGCCACUUGAUAGGCUUCAAGAGUGUUCAGCGGGCACUCACUGAGGCGGGUGUAGCGGAGCGCUUUCUGCUGUCUGAGCAGGCGCGAGAUCAUGCGGGAGCUUUGAGAAGUACUUCCAUGCCCAUGUACGCCCUGGACGACUCCGUCGAAGGCAUGCGAGCACGAGCGAUCGCUGUAGAUCCUGCGAGAGCAAAGGACUUUGUUCUCAAGCCCAACUUAGAAGGCGGUGGGAAUAAUGUCUUUGGCGAAGAUAUCCCUGAAUUCCUGGCUUCGAUACCGGAUGACGAGUGGCGUAAGUUCAUCCUUAUGCGCCUCAUCACACCACCAGCCAGAACGACGGGAGUCUUAAUUACUAGCGAGGAUGUAUACGAAGGCCCGGUGGUAUCUGAGCUAGGUGUGCUGGGGUUCGCUAUGUGGCGAUGCCAUGGUGCUGGUCGAGGCAAAGGGAAGGCCAAAGAAGGCAUCAGUGUCGAAACAAACAUCGUGCAUAAUGAGAUGGUGGGGUGGACGUUCAAGUCGAAGCCGAGAGAGGUGAAUGAGAUGAGUGUUGUGAAGGGGUAUGGGAGUUUCGACUGUCCGAUGCUUGUGUGA